CUCGGUAUUCAGUCAUCAAGCGCUUCAACGCUGUGCUGCCACUGCCCUUGCUAUCGUACAUUUGGUAUGGUUGGGGGGUUCAGAAUUGCUGGGCAGAAACCAGUGAAAUAGAACUCGGCGGUCUCGUGAUCUGUCUGGGCUAGGGCAACUUAGUUAAGUCACAAUUUGACUUUCGGUAGCUGGCAAAAAAAAAAGUGAUUCUACAACUUCCAGAUCCUGACACAUGCCACCAAAGAAGCAAAUCAAGCUGGCGAUUGCUCGACCCAAAAAGGUCGUCAAACAAAAGGAAGAUGUCGUCUCGUCGUCAGGAAGCGAGGACGAGAGCGACGCUGUUGUCGGUAAACUCGACGAACUGGAUUCCGACCUGGAAAGCAUGGACGGCGACGACGAGUUUUCCGGCGCUGAGGACGAUGGUAAUGAUGCCAUGGAUCAAGACGAAGAAGAAGUCAGACCAAAGAAAGGCAGCAGUGACAGCUUUGCUGUUGCUAUGACCAAGAUUCUCGGCAGCAACUUGAAAGGUUCUGACAGACAGCAACCCAUUCUUGCACGCUCAAAAGGAGCCGAGCGAAAAAUCGAAGAUGAGAAAUUGGAGUAUAAGGCACGCAAGCUUUUGGCGGCUGAAAAGAAGGCAUUGGCAUCAAAGGACAGAAUCAUCCCGGAUUAUACCACCAUGGACUAUGAAAAGAAGCUGAGAAAGGUUGCUACACGUGGUGUUGUCAAGCUUUUCAAUGCUAUCCGAACACAACAAAAGGUGACCGAUGUCGCUGUUAGUAGAGCAGCUGAUACUUCAAGCACAUCUCGAGCGAUUGAAAAAGCCAAGAAUGUCUCUACUAUGCCCAAGUCUAGCUUCCUUGAGCUAUUGAAGACUGGUACAUCAUAAAUUCUGACACCGUCUCAGUCAUCUUGUUCCAUGUUUUCUGCCAUUACAUAUACAUGAUGGCAGCCUUGAUAGAUUCAAAUCGCUUUUUCAUGCACGUGUACAAUAUUCAUUCUCUCCUUCCAU